AAGUUUCACAUUACUUUCUACACUCUCUUUUUAGGCAAUACUUUCUCCACUCACAUGAGUCCAUUUUCUCUUUACUAUCUACCUCUCUCUUCUCCAAAAAUUUUCUAAGUCCGUGAAUUAAAAAGUAUAGCGAGUAAUAUAAAAUGGAGGAAGUACUGAGAAAUAAAAAAUUGAAACAUAAUUUAUUUUUUUAAUUUCAUUUAUCGCCUCAAUUCAUAGGUUGGUCCAUUUCUGGUCUCCUGGUCAAAGGUAUUUAUUUGGGUCUUGUUUCUUUCUAACUGUUUUUAUUUUGUUAAUCCAAAAAGUUGUUCAUAAAAUAAAUUUAAUCUCUUUUUGAGGCAGCAAUUCUUUUUCCUUUUUUUUUUACUUUUCAUUUUCAAAAACUUUCUGGUUUUGAUUCUUUAUCCAAAGAAGAGUUUAGCUACAAAAUGGGUUCAUUUUAUGUGACUGUUUUCUCCAGAAUGCAGUAAUGUCAGACACUGUUCUAUUGAUAUUAGCGUAAAUUUUGUUGAUUGUGAGUGAUUUUGGCAAGAUUUAUUUGAUGGGCAUUGCUAAUUUCAAGGUUUAAAUGAUGGGUUUUCCAUGAUUUCUCAAGUUAAUUGGUGAAUGAAGUGAAAUAAAGUACAGAUGAAGUUCAUGGUGAGUUAUUUUAAGGGUGAAUUUCACAGAUAUUGAAAUGGUAAAGAGAAAAUGGUUGUGGGGGAAAAGGUCUUCUGAGAAAAUUAGUGGUGAGACUGAAAGCUCAGGUUCAAUGUCUUCACAUUCUGACAAGUUAUCAGAGGAUCAGCAGGAGCCGUCAAAAGGAUCUCCUAAUAACCCCCAGUCACAAGAAGUUAACUCUAAAGACAUAGAAAGUGACAUGAAUAGAGAAGAAACCAACGAUUGGGAAGGAAGCUUACCUGAAAAAGUAUCAGAUGCUUCAGGAAAUGAAGGAUUGGAUGAUCAUGAUAGCUUACCAAAGGAAAAUGCAUCUAAUAUAUCUAUGUACGAAGAUACUCAACAAUUAUCAGAUGCUUCUAUGGAGAACUGUUCAAAAAGUAGCUAUUCAAAUCAAAAUGCGUUUAUCCUUUCUGCGGAGAACACUCAAGGAGUGAAAGUUUCACCACAAGCCAACAACAGUUGUGUUGAAGAUAAUGAGAGUCUCAAGAUUCUGUCAGAAAAGCUCUCUGCUGCUCUUGUAAAUGCCAGUCUCAAAGAUGAUCUGGUUAAGCAGCAUUCCAGAGUUGCCGAGGAAGCUGUCGCAGGAUGGGAAAAGGCAGAAGAAGCAGCAGCUACCCUGAAGCAGCAACUUGAAACUGAAGUACAAAAAAAGUCCGCUCUGGAAGCCCGAGUAAGCCAACUCGAUGAAGCUCUGAAAGAAUGUGUGAGGCAGCUUAGACUUGCAAGGGAUGAGCAAGAAAGAAAGAUAGAUCAAGCUGUAGCUGAGAAAACCAAUGAAUUAGAACAUUCCAAAACAAGGCUUCAGGACCAGCUUGUUGAGCUUAAGGCCUUAGUAGAGAGUUCCAGAAUGAACUCUCCUGAUCUUAAACUCCAACAUAAGAUUGAAUUUUUGGAGAAAGAAAAUAUUGUGCUUAGACAGGAGCUUCAAUCACUGUCAGAGGAACUGGAGGUGAAGACCAUUGAGACGGAUCUGAGCACCAAAGCUGCUGAAACAGCUAGCAAGCAACAUUUAGAGAGCAUAAGAAAGGUGGCCAAGCUCGAGGCUGAGUGUCGAAAGCUUAAAUCACUUUCUCGAGUUCCGCCUUUAAGUAAUGAGCGUAAAUCAACUCCUGCUGCCUCCUAUGCUGAAUCUCUAACCGACAGCCAAUCUGAUGGUACAGAACAACUAAGUACCUCAGAAUGUGAUAGCCGUAAGAUGAAUGGCUCAUGGGCUUCAGCCUUAAUUGCUGAGCUUGAUCAAUUCAAGAGUGAGAAAGUGGUAGACAGUAGAAGCACACAUUCAUCUCCUGUGGACAUCAAUCUUAUGGAUGAUUUUCUUGAAAUGGAACGGCUCGCUGCCUUGCCUGAUAGAGGACCUCAGGUUCAUUCUAAUGGUUGUGAUGAUACCCCUGAAAAGUCAGUUCAUGAGGCAGACAGUAGGUUAAGAAUUGAGCUUGAAUCAAUGGCUACUCGAACAGCUGAACUUGAAGAAGAUAUUCGCAAAGUCGAAGUGGAAAAGGCUGAAUUGGCAUUGAAUUUGGCUCAAGCUCAAAGUUGUUUUGAGGAGUCACAAGUACAGUUAAUAGAAACUCAAAUGAAGUUGGAACAACUGGAGAGAGAGCUACAUGGAGCGAAUGAAGGGGAACAAUUUUAUAAGGCAGCAUUCAUUCAAUUGGAAACAGAAGCCAAUUUGCUGUCUUCUCAGGUGAAGUCCCUGUGUUCAGAGAUAGAAAGAGAGCAAAAGUUAUCAGAACAAAAAUCUGCAAGGUGUGAGGAAUUGGAAAAUGAGCUCAAGCAGAAGGAAGAGCAGCUAGAAAAUCAGAGAGAUGAAAUGUCUAGUGGUGAACUCAAAAUGAAGGAAUCUGUUUUAGCUCAAACUCAAGAUAGCUUGGAGAAGUCAGAGACUCAGCUGAAGCAGGCUGAAAUGAAGCUGACGAAGUUAGAGAAGGAGCUAAAAGAGGCUGAUGAAGAGAAGAAGUCCCUGAAUUCUGAACUUGGUAGUGUGAGAGCGGAGCUGCAGACGAUGUCCACUCAAAUUAAAUCACUGAAUGAUCAGGUGCAGAAAGAACGUGCUUUGGUAACAGAACUUUCCACCAAAUCUAAGGAAAUGGAAUACGAGCUGCAGCGAAAGACAAUGGAGUUUGAAACUCAUCAAAGGGCGCACUCCAAUAACGAUGUGAAGAUCAAGCAGGAGGAUCUUGCUGUAGCAGCUGGAAAGCUUGCAGAUUGUCAACAGACAAUCAUAUCUCUAGGAAACCAGCUAAAAUCUCUAGCAACGUUGGAAGAUUUUCUUAUUGACACUGCAAGUAUACCCAAGUUUUCACCUCCCGUUCCAUUAUUGAAGGCUAAACGCAGUGGUGAACCAUGGAAACUUCACUGUAAUGAUACAUUUUUGUCGGAGAAGGAAUACGAGCCGUUGAGUAAAGCCCAGGAUGACUCAAGUCCAUUUGCCAGUCACAACAAAACGGAUAGCAGAGAGUCACCAGAAUCAUCAACUUCAUCUGCUUUCUUCUUGAGCUACCCCGAUUCUGAGAAAAAUGGGAAUGGAUUUGCAAAUUAUUUUUCCCUUAGCAGAAGUUAAUUACUCAAAUAUUGAUUGCGCAAAUGUAAAAUGAUUGGUUUUCUUCCUUAAUUUUUGAACCAAUAGCUAGGUAAUGUUAGUGUAUGCAAAUAUUAUUGGAUAGGAUGAGCUAAAUGAGGGCUUUGUAAGUUUUAGAAUCAGAUUAGGCUUCAACUUACAUGAUUCAAUUGAUACGCUGAGAUUAUCUAACAUGUUUAUUCUAUUGAA